AUGUUCCGACCUCCUACAAUGUCGCAGCUGCUCAAGCGGGCGGGACUGGCGAAGCGCUCUCGGCCUGCAGGCCGUGGUGUGGACGCGACGCCGAGCCCCGCAAACCAGUCCAACAACAAGCGACAAAGGGUGGACGGUGGUAGCAGCAGACAGCACGCGAGCGAGGAGGAGGAGGAGGAAGAAGAAGAAGGGGGGAGUAGAAGCGAGAACGGCGCUUCUGCCAAAGACGUCACCGUGGACGACCAAAUCGCGGCGCUUGAGCGGGAGCUCAAAGGCGCCGACGUUAGCAGUAGCGACGCCGAGAGCUCUAUUAGCAGCGACGAUGAUAACGCCGGCAGCAAGGAGGACAGAGGAGCCGGCCAAGAGCGCGGGCGAGCAACGAAGCUCGUAUCUCCUCUCGAAGCCGAGAAGAUCGAGCCCCUGCCCGCGCAUCUCUUGCCGCGCCCGGGGUGCGGCGUGCACAAGGACAACAAGAAGAAGAAGAAGCCUAGUGCUGCUGUUGGUACGACGGCGCUACCAGGACCGUCGCAAGGGCUUGAUAGCGCCGUGAAGGAGCUUCUGGCAAACUACGAGGCUCGAUCUUCCGAACGGGUCCCGUUCUACUGUAGAGUGUGCAAGUUCCAGGGAGAUAGCUUGGAGGCCCUUGAGAAGCACAAGGAAGAACCGCUGCAUGUGGAGGCCGCUAAGAAGGAGCGGAAGAUCAGCAAGUGCUCGCUCUGCAAGAAGCAGUUCACCAGCCCACCGCAAUUACAGGAACACCUGGCAGGGAAGGCUCACUUGGAAAAGCUCCAGUCGAUGAUGUCGCGCCAAGGAAAGUGGGUACCCGGUGGUCGGGGAGGACCAGGAUCAGAGGGAUCGUUGAACGGAUAUUCUGGUCGAGAAAACGGGGGCGAUUGCUGGCGAGGGAGCGGUGCACGUGGCGGGUGGGCGGUGGGCCGGGGGAGGGGAAAUGACGGAAUGAGAGGAGGGGGGAAUGACGGUGGCCGUGGGCGGGGGAAUCCGAGUCGCGGUCGGGGCGGGCGGGGGAGGGGACCGGGAAGAGGAUACGAGAAUGAUCGAUGACGGUUGCUCGGGUGUGUGCAGAGUGCGGCGUACACUUAAAUGAUACCUCGCGACCUCCUUUCCAUCUUUCCCACGCGAAGCAUUCCCAGGAAUGGGAAGCGGAAGUUCCUCAAACGGAUGGAGCCUUAGUCCUUAUGUGUUUUGAUAGAGGUGUCGGGGGACUUGGUGUAACAACACCACCGUCAAGGUGGGCCACCAGGUCGUCAGCGAAAGUUCACUGCGGUUUGUUCUUCAAGGACGACGCUCUGUUCUUUGCGUAGAUGCUGGCACAGUAGUAGGUUGGAAACGACGCACACUCUACUGCUGUAGGCCUCUUCAGGUACAUAACGCGAAGCGCCAACAUCGCGUUGACGGCGUUGGUUUUCAUGGCGUCUCUCAGGCCGGUUUACUGAGCUCCGU